UUGCAAAUUUAUUUUAAGGGAUUUAGCUUUAUGAUUUUACAUAUGUGCAUUAUUAAAAGUGGUUAUUUAUGGUAGAUCCUUGCAUGACAGAUUAUACCGACUGAGCAUCUGAGAUGGUAAACAAACUGAUGAUGUCAGAGGCUUAGUGAUGAAGAGGUUUAUCACCGCAGACACCUGUGUGUGACUCAGACCGCUCCAGACCUGCAAGACAGCACCUGGCAAAGGUGAUUUGUUGGUGUGUUUUGGUGAUGAUGAAUAUUCUGGAGGACGUUCCUUUUCAGACCCCUUUGGGACCGUUAGGUGUUGAGAUACAGAUGUCGACUUUACCUGAUAUUUCUGUACCACAAUGCCAUCAGAUCAUGCAGGAAACCGAGUAUGGAUUCAAUCUGGAGAGAUGGAUUUUAACAGGGCAGCAGCUGGUGAGUCAGGUUCCCUCUUGCCCCCCCUACUGGCUGAUGUUCAGCACCCCUCAAGAAACUCGCAAGCUCACUCAAAGGGGCCAGGAUCUGUUGCCCCCGCGGCCCCGCAGUCACAGCCUGAGCUCCGCGGAGGGCUGCUGGUUGGACCACCGAGCCGUCAGGUUCCUCCCAGCUGACUCCGAUGAAGAAGAUGGCUCAUACAUAGAUAACGCGGGGGGCCCCAGGGAGCGGCCCCGCAGUGACCCAGUCUCCAGGGUCAAAGACAUGCACCUCACUCAUUCCUCUCACCUCGGCAAGCCGGGGUUGUCUCCGGUCCUCAAAGGCCACAGAGCCACGUCUUCUCUCCCGGACUGCAGACCAGCUUUACGCGCGCUGGAGCAGCUCAGAUCACAGCAGGCCAGCCCGCUGUCUCUGGGGCAGAAGAACAGCAAGAAGAGGCAGCGCUCUCUGGGCAGAAGGUUCUCCCAAAACACUCCGCCCGCCGGGAAUUCUCCAUCCAGGCCGCUGCAACAACGACCCUCCUCGGCUGGAUCUGCUGUCAAAAACCGCAGGAGAAAGGUCCUGACAACUCCUGGCUCUCGUGGGGUUUUCUUUGACUCGGCAGCAGAGCUUCUGACAGCUCUCAGCCACGAGGAGAGGGAGUUACUCGAAACCAUCACAGAGAAAGGAUAUCCGUUACGCACUGCCAUCCUGGCUCUGCAGAAAACUGGCUAUCAGAGCCCAGAGAAGGUCCUAAAAUACCUGGUUGCAUGUGAUCGUCUUUGCCAGCUGGGCUAUGAUGAGGCACAAGUGGAGGAAGCUUUGGAGAUGUUUCAGAAUUGUGAGAGCAAGGCUGCAGAGUUCCUCCACUUGCUGACUCAGUUUGAUGAGAUGGGCUUCCAGCAGAGCGCAAUCAAAGAAGUCCUGCUUGUUCAUGAAAACCACCGUGAGCGGGCUCUAGAGGAGCUGAUGACUCGCAUGGCUUAGACAGACAAGUCUGAAGACACAGCGUCUGGCUUCAAACAUUUGACCCAAGCUGCAGCAGCAAACAGGAAAACCUUUUACACUCGUCAAUAAUUAGUCUUGGUUCAAAUGUUUUUGAAAUUUUAUUGACAGAUUCAAAAAAUAAAAAUGUGGCAAAUAAAUAAUAAAAAAAGCAUUAAAAUGCCACAGAAUCUUAUGACAGGACAUUUACAGAAGUGAAAACUGCUUUGAACAGUUACUGAUGGCUGACAGUGGAGUUCAGCAGCCCCGUCUCCACAGACGAUGUAGCAGCCUUUGAGAGGUCCCUCUGCAAUGACAAGUAAAACACAACCUAGUAAUGCUGUGAAAUACAAUCUCUGAGGUUCCAAUUUAUGAAAUUAUUUUAAGACGAUUCACAAUUGCUCUAACAUACUAAAAUUACUGGUCUCCUUUUGUUUGCUCUGGCAUGCCAUUUUAUCCAUUUAUGGGUAGGAAAUGCAGCCGUCUGCUUUGACAGAGUAAAAUAAUUUUCUAUGCUUAGUUUGGUCUGUUGUAAGAGAAAUGCAUUCUUGACUUGAAUAAAAAACAUUUUUUCAACAGAA